UCUAGUCACGACCUUCGCCCAAAUAAGCCUGCCUUCUUCUUCGAUCUUCUUCGUCGUCGUCUUCUUACUCCUGCAAUUGUUCUCCACAGGGAGAUGGGGAGAGCAAGGAUUGCGAUUAAGAGGAUUGACGAUUCAACGAGCAGGCAAGUGACUUUCUCAAAGAGAAAAAGUGGAUUGCUCAAGAAAGCUAGGGAGCUUUCGAUCCUCUGCGAGGCACAAGUUGGAGUUAUCGUCUUCUCCAGCUCUGGCAAGCUCUAUGAAUAUGGAAGCUCCAGUGUGAAAUCUAUUAUUGACCGCUACAAUGAACAAAUAGAAGAACAACAUUUUCGGCUUAUAGAUCCUGUUUCAGAAGUUAAGUUUUGGCAGACAGAAGCAACAGUCUUGAGGCAGCAACUGCAACGCUUGCAAGAAAGCCACAGGCAAUUGAUGGGUGAACAACUAUCCGGUUUGGGCUUGAACGAAUUGCGAAGUUUGGAAAAUCAACUGGGGAUAAGUUUAAAAAGCGUUCGGAUCAAAAAGGAACAAGUUUUGAAGGAUAAAAUCAAAGAACUGCAACAAGAGGGAUAUCAAAUCAGUGAAGAAAAUGUAGAACUCCAUAAAAGGAUAGAAGUCAUUAGCAAAGAAAAUGCGGAAUUACAGAAGACUUGUGAAGAGUUACAUGCACCAAUCUAUCUGCAGCUGAGCCAGCCUCAGUCUCAAUCUUGUGAGCCACCAACCAAAGCAAUGGAACUGGGAUUACAGUUGCUUUAGCAAUAGCUCUUUCCUGCAGGAAGAUCAAGUUUUCUGCAGGGAAGAUAGAAUCAAAACAGCAUCAACUCCAUAUAUAUGAAGUUCCAUCAUAUCAGGAAGCAGUUCUCUCAAGGUUCAUAUCAUACAUAGUGGAUAGCUUGAAUAUAUCUCCGUAAAUUUUAGA